CCAGAAAUGUUAAAAGUGCGGAUGUGAAAAAUAUCAUUAAUUGGCUUACCAUAGUGAUAGUGGGUGUCAACAGAGGCAAUGAAAAUGUACAGCUCAGCGAGUUUUUCCUAAGAAACUUCUGUUGUUUAGCUUUGUGUUUUAGCUGUGUACAUUAACCGCCUCUGGCCUUUUUGCCUGGUCGCUUAGCACUACGUCCAAGACUUCGUCAAGAUCUUCAAGCCACUGUCUCGACUAUGGACAGCACAGCACAAACACCUCCAGCCGGUAGCGCUACAGCGAGUGGUAGCUCCAGUUCGAGAAGAGAAAGCAAGGCCACGUCCGUGUCUAUCACAAUACAACCAACUAUAGGACCUAGCUUUUCAUUAUCUGUUACUCCAGGAACCAAAGUACCUUCUCUUAAAGAAGUCAUCAGUGACAAGAUGGGUCUCUCGCCCCAGAAGAUGACUCUCCUCUUAUACAGCAAGGAGCUGACAUCGGGGUCACUAUCUGCUAAUGGCAUUGAAGAUGGUUCUGAGAUUCGGCUCGUUCCAGCCAUAGAGUCUGGAGUCACAACUGUCAAUUCCGUGGACCCUGUGGCAAUGAUGAAACACAGUAUGAGUGGAAUCUCAGACCAGCAGAUUGAGGACUUCCUAAAUGGCAAGUCACCUCUGUCAGUGGCUAUCAGAGUGGGUGAAUCAGUUGUUGUAGUUAACCUCCAUCGAGCAAAGGUUGAAGAAAUAGAAAUGGAGCCACCUCCCACCAAGCGGCGAUGUGUAGGGCCCAGAAAAAUUGCUGUCAAUGAGAUUGACUACCCAGACGCCAGCAUAGGCUCCUCUACCUUUAGGCACCUCAACAGUAACAGAUCACCCAAUGAACUAAUGAACACAUCAGAACAUACUUCCCCUGCUGGUAUUCAGAGGAGGUCUUCAAGAUUGCUGGAGAGAUCGAUUCGUUCAACGCGAGGUGUUUCCCCUGUCAGUAUCUGCGAACCAGCACCAGUACUCUUGGCUGAACCACUACCCGAAGUACAAGAUAUUGAAAGACAAUCAUCUAUUGCUGCACUGUUGAGCGAUCCACCACUGGCAGAUUCAAUAGACAGUCCCACCAUGUCAACAAGUCCUAAAAAAAGAACUAAUGAUAGGCAUUACUACAGAAGUAAAUACACCCACAAAGGAAAAACCAAGACCAUCAAUCAUUACCACACACAUGGAGAAAAUUCUAGGAUGGAGUGUAUGUCUCCCUUAGUUUCGAACUCAACAAAAAUUAAAAAUGAAAAAAUGAACCAAUCACCAACAAGAGAAGAAUCUUCAGAUUUUAAGACAUUAAUAGGGGGGAGAUCAGUCUCCCAAGCUGUUCAAGAUGAGCCAGAAUUGAGUAAAACUAGUAGUCACUCGAAACACCGUAAGUCAAGCAAGCAUCAUGAAGUGAAGCUACCGGAGAAUGGCAUCAGCAUGAAGCGAAAAGCCGUAAUGGAUGCCAUAAGUGAAAUUUUGAAGAAGAUGUAUGCCAAUAGUGAAAAAGGUCGACUUCCUGGCUCAUUCAAAGGCCGUUUCUCAUCCGAGUUUACUUGUGACAGCAACAUGCAUGAGAUUCUCCACUCAAAGACGACAAUGACCAGUUAUGGCGGUGACCUAGACUCAAAGCAUCACAGGGGAGGGUGUUCUUCAGACCCCCUAGUGCACGAGGGGCCACUUAUGUCCAAAGCAAAGUUUGAAGAGAAUCAACAACUAAAAGAUAAAGUUGCUCAAAUAAAAUGGAAGAUGCAGUAUAACCGAGCAAUCCGCAAAGCAAAGCGACAAGGAGAAAGAUCAGCUUGUGGCUGGAUGGAGGCUUUGAACUGCUCCAUGCCCCCAGAACCAGUCAAGGAAAGAGAGACUUUUGCUGGACUUAAACCUGGCUUUUUACUUUCUGACUCCUCCAGAGUGUAAAAAAACACUUUCAAACCUUGAUUAUGUCGUAGUUUAGAUGUGUAGUCGCAUGUAGUUUGUGGCUCAUGCUUAUGGUUCUGUGGUGUAAUUUCACAGUAUAUUGUGUUCUUCAUAAUUAUUAAUAAUUAUUAUUUUAUCUCUAAAAUAAUAGCGAUUGUGCUCUAUACAACUUCAUGCAUUGCAUUGUUAUUUAUUGUUAAUUAGAGUUCUUUAAAUAAAAACUUAUUACCACCAUAA